AGCGCGUUCCAGUCGAGCGCGAGCGGCGCCAGACUACGAAUGUACAUGUAUGGUCUCAAACGAUGAGAGCGAUUCUUCGUGUGAAGAAGGUUACGCGGGGCACUUGAGCAGUUUCGAAACCUGGCUCCGCAGCCUGCAGCGGGUUUUCGGGAGCCAGCUGCUUCUACUCCUGUGUGCGGUUCAGCACCUUCUCAAGGGCCUGGCCGGCUCCCUCGGGGCCAGGGCCACGCCCUACCUCUUCAAGGCCUACCAUGUGCCGGCGCAGGACAUUCAAAUCUGGAAGACCUGCAUUUUCUCGCCCUACAUUCUGAAGCCCAUUAUUGGAUUGGUGAGCGACCUCUUUCCGGUGGGAGGAUACCACAAGGGGCCGUACAUGCUCUUGGGGAGCCUUGGUGGCAUGGCUGCCGCUGCUGGCAUCGGUGCCGCGAGAUUGCCUUUGCAUCUCUUCAUCUUCGGCCUCUUUCUCUUCGAGCUGAUGAUUUGCACUGACGACUUGCUGACAGAGGCUUUGUAUGCUCGCGAGAUGCAGGACCACCCCAAGCACGGGCAGAACCUUCUGACUUUUGUUUUUGCUGGAAUGUCACUAUGUUCGCUUCUGGGCAAUCUGUCCUCUGGCUUUCUGCUUACGUCGCUCGGCGCCCACGGUGUCUUCCUGUUCGCCGCCCUCUGCAGCGUGCCUGCGGUUUUGGCAGCGAGCGGAUUUCCCGAGGUGCAGCAAGGCCCUGAAGCGAUCCACGCCAAGCGCGCAGAAUUUUGGAGGCAGAAGGAGGCGUGCGCCUUGGCUUUGGUGGUGCUGUGCGCGUCUUUGAGCAUGAGCCUAGUGGCCAUUUGCACCAAAGAUCCCGCGGCCAAUGCGGGCACCGCGGCGCUCGCGGCCUUGGCGGUGGGGGUUAGCUUUAGCGUGGUUCUGUCACCCGUCAUCGCCAAGUUCUCAGUCUUCACCCUGCUGCAAACCUCUUUGCAUUUGUCGGCCAGUGCUCCCGCCUUUUACUUCCUGACGGAUUCAGAAGAGGAGUUCCCGGAUGGCCCGCAUUUCUCUAAGCUCUUCUACAACACCUGCCUGGGCUGCGUGGGGGGAGUCUUUACCUUGCUCGGUCUGUACACCUACAAUCGCUACAGCUCAACCUUGUCUUAUCGCAAGGUUAUUGUUGUCUCCAACACGGCCUUCUCGUUGCUACACAUGACGGACAUGGUGCUCUUCUCGCGCUUGAACCUUCGAUUGGGGAUUCCGGAUUAUGUCUUUGCCUUUGGCAAUCAGUCGCUGGGGACGCUGGUGUACCAGUGGCUGUGGAUGCCGCAGGUGGCCCUGCUCUCCCAGCUGUGCCCCAAGGGCAUGGAGGCCACAAUGUUCGCGCUGGUGGUGAGUUGCCACAACCUGGGUGUGGCGGUGAGUAGCAGCUGGGGCUCGUUGCUGCUGGAGCGACUGAGCUGCAACCCCACCGGUGCCAAGGCAGAGUCAGAGGAGUUUCGGAACCUUUGGCUGGCCUCGGCCAUCUCCAGUCUGCUGCCGCUGCUGGGCAUCGGGGCGCUCUUUUGGCUGGUCCCCGCGGUUACCCCGAGCCAAUCGGAGCUGCAGGUGGGCGACAGCACGGCAGGCUCAUUGUGGAAGCGCUGGCGCCUGUCAAAGCACGAGCUGCUGAGCACAAACGACAGCUGAGCCCAAGCGACAGACAGCCUGUGGGCUCCCUGGACCGCGGCUUCCCGGUUGCGGCGAGAGACGCUGCGCCGCGCCGCGCUCCGCACGAAGGUUGCCGGACGAUCGCGGCGAGCAAGUGAUCGCGGAGUUUGCGCGCGUAGAACGACACGAAAGAAGCCGGAAGAGAACGGCAGCAAGUUAGAUGAUCGAGCA